UGAAAUGGAGGGCACGCAUUUUGAGACCGCGACAAGUUGUGGCACUUUUUAUUAAUAUUAUUUCCAGUUCUUGUAAGUUGUAAAUUGAAAUUAUUAUAUUCUGUAGGUAACAGUUUUUUAAAGAUGUACAGCUCUCUGCAAACGGUGUGCCGAGAGAGAGCAGCGAUGGGGAACGCCACGUCCACGGCGGCCAUCCAGACGGCCGAGAGCCUGCGUCACGAGCUGUACCCGGCCGGCCAGCCGCACUCAGGCCUGACCCAGCCUCCAUCGGCGGAGGUACCGGAGCAGCCCGCCAAGACGGCCGCUGGUCCGUACCGCGUCCUGCCGCCCGAGUGCCCCAUGUCCGCGGGUGGCGGCGGGCAGACCCUGCCUCCCGAGUGUCCCAUGUCCUCCAGCUCGGCGCCAGAGUGCCCCAUGACCGGGCGGGACUCGCUGCCGGCCCACCAGCACGGCAUCGUCACAGACCAGGCCGGCGCCGUGCUCCAGGUCGACCCCGCCAACAUGGAAGCGCCGCCGAACCAGAAGCCGGCGCCCGACCAGCCGUUCCCGCUCUCCACCGAGCGGCAGGUGUCCAACAUCCCGCGCGCCACCGACGACACCUCCAACUGGGUGUACCCGUCACCGCAGAUGUUCUGGAACGCCAUGUUACGCAAGGGCUGGCGCUGGAAGGAGGACGACCUGUCGCAGAUGGACAUGGACAACAUCAUCCGCAUCCACAACGUCAACAACGAGCUCGCCUGGCAGGAGAUCCUGAAGUGGGAGGCGCUGCACGCGCACGAGUGCGGCCAGCCGAAGCUGAAGCGGUUCGGCGGCAAGGCUGCCGACUAUUCGCCCCGCGCCCGCUUCAGGAGCUGGAUGGGGUACGAGCUGCCCUUCGACCGGCACGACUGGAUCGUGGACCGGUGCGGCAAGGAGGUGCGCUACGUCAUCGACUACUACGACGGCGGCGCCGUCAACCCCAACGACUACAAGUUCGCGCUGCUGGACGUCCGGCCGGCCCUGGACAGCUGGGAGAACGCCUGGGACCGCAUGGUGGUAGCCUGGGCGCGCUGGUUCCACUCGGAGUAGUCGCCGCCGAUCACAACACUCACCAUCGUUAAGUUCGUCAUUUUUGGACAUCUGUUCAAAGCUUAGAACACAUCGAAAGACAGCUACAAACCAAAAAGAAGUCAAGCCAGCUGUUACCUUCGCAAUUCAGCGAGUUCCCUGAAACGGCAAUUCGGUAUUUGGAUUGUUCUCGGUGCCGUUUUUAGUCAAUGUUAAUUUCGAUGCUCGCUGUUGAGUCCAGUCAAGUUCUCCUGAGGGUCCCGGCUCCGUCGUUCGUGGCAGGAGUCGGCAGUGCCCGGCUCCUUGUGCCGCCCUAGUAGUGCAGCCAGAGUGCAGCCGAGCGCGGCGUGACUGAGAGCUGAUACGCGAAUCUGAGGUCCCGCGGCCAGCAGCCUUGCCCGAUCGCUGUGCAAUAGGAUGAUAGUCCGAGUGGAGGCGGCGGAGUAGGGUGCCGCUGGCUCUGGUGGGCGGGUGCGGCGGCGCACCGCUGGGCCCAGUCACGGCGCCUGGUGCGGUCCGCAGCGCCACCGAGCGUCGGCCGUCGGCUCCGGACCGUGAGGACGGUACUAGAACAGCCGGCUGUCAGUUCUAGACGGUUCAGUUCGGAACGGCCCACCGCGGCUGAGCUCGCGAUCACCGCAGGGUAGUGCCGGCUGGGGCAUUGGAAGUGACAAGGAGUUCGUCACUUCCCACUGAUGUGUGUCUGUGUGUGUGCCAGUAUGCCAAUGUUUGUCUGAUGGCUGUGUAACCUCGCGGACGAGAAUGUCCAGCUGGGUGUCAAUACACACAAUAUGCUCA